AUGAAAUUGCUCACCUACAUCGCCGUCAUCUUCAUGGCCCCUCACCUUCUUACCGCUCUUCCGACACUCCAGCCCCGGACAGUUGACAACAUCGACAAUAUACUGAACACCAACCCCCGAUCCAUAGCUCCAACACUCAGAAUCCGCGAUAUCCCAUCAUCCGAAGUUGACCUGCCGGCCUUCAUAACCGCCGUGUUCGACGGUAUCGCCAACGUAAUCGCCGCGUCGGGCGGGGCCGCCGCGAACACGAUCGCUGCGACAGGCGGCGCGGUUGCAAAUGGACUGGGCACAGAUGGAACAGAGUCUUCUUCUGCUCCUGCUUCCACGAACACGACUCUUAUUGGAAGGGCGCUGGGAGAGAAGGUUGGAAGAGCUGUCGCGCAAGAACUGACGGAUGCUUUGGCGGGGAAGAAGGCUUAA